AUGACGCGUAUGAAAGUGUGGCGGCACACGUGCGAUGGGCUAAUGGGAAUUAAUGGGGCACAUCCGGCGAUUAGUGCGAACGAAGGAACGAACCGAGCCGGAAGCGUUUGGGGUGGUUUGGACAUCACAAAUGGACAGUUGACACCAAACAAUAACACCCCGCUGCUAACACAGGCCCUGUCAGUGAUGAACAACUACCAGGCGGCAGCGGCCGCAGCAGCGCAAGGUUACGGUACCCCGGCAUCUCCGCACACGACGAACGCGCGGACCGCCGGCUUCACCAACACCAACUCGCCCGGCCCGACGAUCGACAUGUACAGCUCGAGCGCGGCGGACAGCGUAGGGUACGUUCAGGCAACGAGCCCGCAGCCAUCCGGAUUCCCCGCGAUCGCAGUGAGCCGUGCCCCUCUGAACUACAGCCCGUUCGAACUUCUAGUGCACACCAACCACCAGGCGCCACCCACCAGCAAUGGGAUGAUGAUGGGCGACACGCCCUACGGAGCCACCCGGUCGAAAUCGAGUGAAGCCAAUUACCAUCCGAUGCCUGCGCCGUUCUUCAGUUGUCAUCCGAAUUUGAUAACACCGGCCCAGUGUCAUUCGCUAGAGUACCGAUAGUAGACCGUGGGCGAGUCUCGCACCAUCUGCCGGUGGGACAGCUAGUUUCGCAAAUCGAUUUAGACCAGAUGCGGGACAACUAAUUCCAGCAGCGUUUACCAACGGCUACCAUUGAAAUAAACUAAGCAAUAUAUGAUCACCAUCUUCGCUAUUAUUUUGGAACGGGGUGUGAUUUCCAUUUGUCCCAGGCAUGUUCAGCGCAGGCAGUAACAGAGCUAUACCUAAAAUUCAACCGACGAUUAAGCCAAAAUUCAACCACCAGUCAGCCAAAAAAAAUAGAACACAACAGCAUCCACAAUAGCAGCGAGGAAAAACGCAACCAUCGGACAGACAGAGCAAAUUUGGGCCAACAAAAAGAAGAAACACACACACACGUACACGUUCAUAAACGCGUACAGCAGACACGCGACAUGAAUUAGAAAAAGAGAUCGUUUUGCAACCGACAAGCAACAGCCUCCCAACAGAUUCCCAGCAGGGGUGAACAUACACACACAAACACUCUCCGCUUGGAACGCAUGCUGGUCCGAGCAUGUGUCAAAAUGAUUAUUGCACUGUGUCGUAGGUUAUGUAACUUUUUUGGGCGACGAUAAUUGUCAGCCAAUUUGAACGCAGGGUGUUUCUUUUUUGUUAGUAAUAAUUCCGCCGGCGAGAUGAAAAAAAAACCGUCGUUGGUGGAAAACAAUUUCCCACCAUGUUUGUAGGACAAAACAUAAAAAAAAUAAUUGGAAAAAGCGGGGACCAGGCACUCAGGCCGGUCCGGGCGCUUGUAGUUGCGGGUGAUUUGUAAGGUGUGCGUGCAGGCGAAUGUUUUUGCUGUUGUCCAUCACAGCAGGCUGGCUGGGCGGCAAAAGAGCGUUCGCGUCGAAUAUAAUUAACAACAACCACAACCAAAAAAAAGACACAAAAGUCACGAUCACACAAAAAAGAAUCGAUGAAAUCAUUAACCUGCGUAGAACAACCAACAACAACCACAUUCACAGAUGAUAAUAAUGCUACCAGAACAAACAAAAAAAUAUUCAACCAAAUAUACUAACAAAACACACACACACAGACACAUGCAUAUUUUUAAGCAAACAAACCGACAACAACAAAAAAAACAACAACAAAAGAACACAAAUAGUGCAUCAUUGUUUAAGCUAUUAAGACUUAAAAUGUGGAAAUUUGUUUCGAAAAAUAUUUGUUAUGCUCUUUAUAUUUACUUAAUUUUUAACAUUAAAUAAACAAAUUAUUGACUACACUGUAAGCGAAACGGAUGGAAACCGAAUUCUUAAAUAUUAAGCGACAACUAAGAACUUACAGAAUGUGUUUAAGCAAAACAUAAGAUGAAAAAAAAAACGCUGAGUGGAGGUUAAGUCCACUCACACACCCACACAUAUACAAUAAUUAAACAAAACUUAUUACGUUUCUGUUUUUUCUAUUGCUGCAAGCAAGCAUUCUAUUAAAAUAUAAUAUUUUUACUUUUUAACAGAAUUAAAAACAAUUGUAAAGGGAAGCGCAAAGGAUGCAAACAAGAUAAAGAUGAAGAAGAAGAAGAAGAAGAAGAUAAAAGUCAAAGCUAGUGGUCUUAGGUAUAUAUAUUUAUUAAUAUGGACAGACAGGAAACGAAAUGGAAGCUUAACUUUUUACGCAACAAACGAUCGUUUUUAGCACUUAUUCCUACUUUUCUUUCGAUUGCAACCAGAACAAAAAAUAAUAAUUGUACGAUACUCUACUGAAUUAAUCCUGUUGCAGCUAAACUAGAGCGGAUACAAGGGAAGCUAAACUGCGCAGCCCUUAUUUAACGCGGCAGUGCUUCUCAUUUACUUAUGAUUAGUCGAUUUUUGUUUUGAACUCCACAACAGAAAGAAAAAAAACAGUUAAUUAUUCUCCGAACUUAGAAUAACGAACAAAAAAAAAAGAUAACAGUAAACAAACAACCAAGGCAAACAGCAGAAAUCACCGGCAAAUGGGAAGAAAGUUUUGUGUACGAUAAAAAUUUAAGCGAAAGAAAGCGGAAAAAUGCAAUAAUAAUUGUUACUAAAAGUAAGAGACAGUAAGCAAAACCAAAAAAAAAAUGAGGCAAUGUGGAAAGAUUUACAUUUAUCACCAAAAAAACAGUAGUAGGCGAAGUAUGGGAAAGAAUUUGACCGGGACGCGAGGAGAAGUUAUGAACUUUGGAUAUUUUUUACACUGGAAGGUGAGAAACUAUCCGAGCGCGAGGGAGUUAAAAUGAAAUGAGAAUGUAAAUUAUUAUAAAUACAUGAAAUAUAUGAAUUAAAUAAAAGCGUAAUUCAAAGAAAGAAAAGAAAACAAAAAACUUAGUUAAAUAUAAAUUAUAUUGAAAUUUAAAUUAAAUAAAUAAAAUAAUACAAAUAUUUAAAACAAAUACUAUGAUAAUAAAAUUAUUAUAAAUUAAUUUUUAUCAUUCAAAGAACUCGUGAACAAAUACGGGGGGAAAUGAACAAAAAUUAUGAGAGCGCAAAAAAACACAAUUUAAAUGUGCAGUCACUGGCAGAUUUAUGUGAAGAAAAUUAUUUCAAUUAAAACGAAUGUAAACCUUAAGCAAAUUAUAUGAAAGGUGACACAGACAUACACAAACACAAACAACAAAAAAAACCUAAACCAGCAAAGAAAGACAGGAAAAAGUUUCUCACACAAAAGCAAAA